UAUCUCCAUAGCCUUUUUCUUAUACAGUAGAAUUAUCAAUUAUAAUUAAUAAUAAGUAAAUAAAUAAAUAAAAUAAUAUAAAACUGUAUAAAGAGUAGAUACUUUAUACUUUAUUAUUAAUAAAACAAACUAUAUAAACAUGAUGCCAGUAUUAAAUACAAUUUUAGAUUCAGUUGUAGAUACAAUUGCCCCACCAACUCCAGCAUUUGAAAAUUUUAUUUAUCAUUGGGAAAAAUUUAUGGUUAAUUACUUGGAGUGGACCACAGAUGGACAGUUUUCUCAAACACGGAUAGAAGAAACUAAUGUACCUGGCCAUCUGGAAAUUGUACAACAGAUACUAAUAUGCGAAGAUCAGAAUGAAAAAACUGCUACUAACUUAUGCAUGGAAUAUGUAUUGAAAAACGACCUAUUUAAUAUGUUAGCAGUCAUAGCAGAAAAAGAAAAAUUAAUUGGGAUUAGAAUAUUAAUAUUAAAAUGUAUGACAAAUCUCAUCAGUCAAUUAAAAAAUCCAGUAUUAGCACAUCAGUCUUUUUUUGUCACUAUUCAAAGACUAAUUAAUUUAUGUGAUAGUGUUUUGUAUAAUAAACAGCAACAAGAUCAGAUUCACUUUUUAUACAUGCUGUGUACACUAUUAAACAACCAACAAAAUGUUUCAAUUAUGUUUUUUUCAAAUGAAUCCAUUAUGAGUCGUUUAGAAGAAGCAAAGGCAUCGACGGAAUCAAGUACAUUUAACAGAUUAAAUUUAUUGGAUUGUAUAUUGACAUACAUCAAUACCAAGAAUACAGAUGUAUAUUACAAAUGUUGUGAUUGUAUACUGUUACUGACUAAAUUUAAUGAUGAAAACGUGAUAGAUUACAUAAGUAAUGAAACUAAACUAUGUUCAACAUUAAGCGAACAUUUUAGAAAUCUGUUUUGUGCAUUACCAACUACAUUGGAUUACAAUGGACUAGAAACAAUUGAAUUAAAUUGGAGGGACGAUUACAAUGCCACUUAUUCAAAUGAUGUCACUAAAUUUUUUUGUUGGUUAAAUUUUAUUAUUGAGAUAAUAAGAGAUGGCCAAUUGAAAAUAUCUUAUUCAUUGUGUGAAUCAUUAAGAUUAUUGUUUUUUAAUAAAUUGUUUGAUACUCCAGAGCAAAUAUCGUGUUCUUAUGUCUUUUUGUUAAAAAAAAUCUACAGAGCAGCAGAUCAUACACCUUUAAAUUAUACCAUAAAUUACUGGUUACGGUCAGAACUUGAUAAUUCUUAUUACGAUAAACAAACACCAAUUGACAUUUUAAUAAAAUUGUCUUCCACUACAGAUGAUACUUUUGUUUUUAACAUUCUCAAUUUUUUUAUAGAUGUAUUACAUGAUUCAGAUAAAGAAGUUUUGGACUUUAUUAUAUUACGAUUUAUUAAUAAUAGAAACUAUUAUGAAAGAUGUACAUCAGGAACAUGGAGUGAUGAAGAAGACGAAAGAGAAAAAAAAUUACUGUCAAAUGGAAAUAAUAUUAAUACUAGUCGAACUCUUGCACCUUCAAGUAUUGAUAGAAUAAUUAACCGGUUACUAGCAUUGAUUCCUCAAAACCUACAAUCAGAUCAAUUACAUACAUUUAAAGAUCACAUAACAGAUGUAAAGAAUAUGUAUAAUGAUGUUUUAGAUAAAUGUACAAAAUUUGAUUGGCCUAGUGAAGCAUUAAAUUCAGUCAAAAUAAAUGAUUUUGACGAAGGGCCAUUUUUAAGAAUGAUUUUUAAAAAAAUCAGCAAUAUUCCAAAUCAAAAUUCUUCAACCACUUUGCAGUUAAAAAUAAUUUUAAUAUUUUUAAGUUCUUUACCUCAUCCAUAUCUACAUGAAUACUUGCUAAAUUCAACAUUACCAUUAAAACGUAAUGUACCAUCAUUAUACAUGAUAUUAUGUCAAGUACUUAAAGAAUUGCAUAAAAAGAUAUUAACGUUCCCAAAUUAUAAUGAAGAAUUGAUACAAGCACGAAAACGUAUUUUAAAUAGUUCUUCAAUCAAACUAUUAAAAGAAAAAAAUUUUGAAGUUAUAGUUUUUAAUAAUGCUGUAAUUUUAGAAGAAUUGUGUAAAGAAUUGGUAGCUGUACUAUUUGUGAAGUAUCAUCAUACAAAUAUGGCUAAUGAAAAUAUAUAAAUAAUAAUUUUAUAUUAUAUAAUUAUUUAUAUUUGGUACAUAAUCUAUAUAUAGAAUAAACCUUAGUUUUUACGAUACACUUUGUUCCAAUUGUUUUUAUUAUUUAUAAAAUUAUAAGUUGAUUCUUUGAUACUAUUGUCUAUUGUUAUUGAAAACCUAUUAUGUAAGUUAUUUUAAAAAGUAUUUAUGUUACUUAACUCAUUAUUUAAAUAUAAAUAUAAUAAAGUUACUUUAAGUUGCUUAAAGUCUUAGAGAUAAAUGUACUAAAUAAGUUACUUUAUUCGUUACUCAAAUAAAAUCGUAAUGAGAUUUGUCAACUUUAAUAUUUACUUUUUCUAGAAAAGUAACUACAUUACUGUCUAGUUAAAAAAACUUUUUUUUUAAUUUCUUAUCAAAUGUCAUUCUGCAUUCUGCAAGCAAUAAUGUAAUCAGAAGACAGAAAUACUCUACCUAUAUAGACAUAUAGUUUAUAAAUAACAACAUCAACAAUAAAGAACUUAAUUAUAAAAAUAAA